UUUUCAACAUGCUGUACACAAUACAACAGCGCAACUAAGGAAGGGUUUAAAUUGCUAAAAUGGUUCGUAUGCAUUCUACAUGUAGGAGUCAUUAACAUGAGUAUAACUGUAGGAUAAGUGCCAGAUGUUAAGUUAUAGACAGCUGUAAACGGAUUCUAAGAAGUUUUCGUAUUGUAUUGCUAAAACGAUAUCAUAGAUAGGGUGACAAAGGGUAUUGUCGGCAGGUUUGUUCUCUUCGUCAUGAGGGGUUUUUGUGGGCCAAAUUGGGUGAAAUUUGGGCAUAUAACUCCACUUAGUUGGGAAGGAUUUGAGGCCAACUUUGAGAUCAACAGGCUUCAAAAACCCUCCAUGACGAAGAGAACAAAACUGCCGAAAAUACGUAAGUUCCUCUACAUAAAUAUUUUAAACCAGUCUGUUUCACCUGUUGCAGAUUCGCACAGGUUGGAAAGGUAAUCAGUUGCGGGAAAUUGGCUUUAAGCUUUCUCAAUUGUUGCUUCUAUUUUCCCAUUCCCUGCAUUUCACAUAUUACCAUCAUUAACCAGAACAAGUAGCACUUUUUCAAUUUAAAAUAAGUUUUUCGUUACAGAAAUAGCUCGUUCAGUAGUCCAAUUGAAUACAACCAAGCGAAAUGUUUACUAUUGUUCGUUUCCCACAGAAUUCCAUUCGCUCAAGGCUGGACAAAAUUCGUCAAUUUUGGUCCAAUGAAGGACCCGGUGGUGAUUGCUUCUGGUUGCUGGACUUGUUCACGUUAGUUGGAGGGAUCAAUAGUGCAACUACGUGCAGGUUCAAAUGGGGACAUUACAUUCGUUAUCUCAGCAAUUCCGUAUAUCUGUACCUUGGCUUCGUAUUCCUUCUUCAAGUGAUCCAUUCGCUGCAGCAUCAAAAAGACGAUGUAACCCUUGUGGUAUUUGAAUGUUUGAAACUAUUCAUCUACAUUGUUGCAGUUACGAAGAUACUCAUGCUCGCUCAUGUCCAAAAACCGGUUGCGAUCGUUAAGAAUUUCAUUAUUGGAAACAGUGUGACCUCUGGUAACGAUAGUUUCGAUGAGCUUGAACAACGAAUGUUCGAAAAUCGUGCCCGAACAACGAUAAAGCUUUCGAUUGCUAUGAUACUUUCGAAUGUAGUGGCUUUUUCGGUGCCAAAUUCUGCCACAGAAAAAGUACUUGGAUUACCACCUCUGCUGCAGGGUUUCCGACAACCAAUGUCGAGCAUUCUGCGCUAUUUGGCCAUUUAUUGCAUACCCUUAGGAUUGGUUAGUAGGUUUUUCACAAAUUUCACUACUCUCGUCACUUUGCUACUGGGAAUGCGCGCCAAGCUUAGAAUGCUAGCUUAUCGAUUUGCGCAGAUAUUGGUUCAGACAGGAGUUGAUGCGGAUUACACAUUGGAGCGCAUUGAUCGAGAUCUGAGGGCAACCUUAGGUCAGCAAAUGGAAUAUUGGAGAGUAUUAAACGAUCUGAAGCAUCUGGUAGGGAAAUUGUUUUUCCUGGUUCAUUAUUCAUCGGUUUUUACCGUCGGUGCGUUUCUGUUCAAUGCUCUCCAGACUGGAAUGAACAUAUUCUCAGCACAGCUUGCAUCCGGUGCCGUAUUUUUCCUGCUGGAACACUAUUUUCAGUGCAGCUUAGUUGAAACGCUUCAGGACGAGGUUGACACAAUUGGUGAUAUUAUUUACGAGCUGUGUGCAAAGCUACCGUACAGUAAAGAACACCACUCGGAGUACGUUCAAAUGAGAUCGUCGUUGAUGAUCAUAUGGAUGAACACGAUCAGCGGUGUAUCGAUGAGUAGCUACGGUCUCUCUAAUAUCUCAACAUUGACGUUCGUCGACUUGGCACAUACUGCUUAUGCAGUGUUGACUUUUUUCACUAGUGUUGGUUGAGUUACAGGUUUGGUAGCUGUAUAAUGGUACAGUAAUGAUCAUAAUGUAGAAAAUUGUUUCAUGUUAGGAUUUCAGUGUUUUGUAUAAGUGUGUAUGAUAACAUUGAACAAUGUUGACUGUUUAUCAUGAUUCAAAAUAUUAUCACGAUCUCACAACAUACUCAAGAGCAGACUCAGGCAGCAGGCUACAUGGAAUGCCAAGAACG